AUGUCUGCAUUUGCCUUUCCAUCAAUAUACAACUUCCCUCCUUUCUUUACGCAACAACCAAACGAGGCAACAUGGCAGACACAAGCGCAGUUGUGGAUAUCGAUAAUUCUCGCAUAUUGUAGAUUUCAUAAAAUACAUAGACUAGACCUAUCGGACGCACUUACAACGGAGCUAUUCUAUAAUAAAUCAAUCAAUCCUUUUAUUGACUUUUUGCGUGAGUUGUGUAGGGAGGCUGAAGCUAGAAUCAUUACAAAGCAUUAUAAAGAUGAUGGAUUGGCAGAAUGGGAUCCACCAAACAAGAAGACGUCAGCAUUUAUUUAUUGGAAAAAACCUGAAGAAUGGGCGACUAGUAUAUCCAAUUGGGUGUCUGAAAAUGGAUUGAAUAAUUCAAUUAUGACAUUGUAUGAAAUAGCACACGGAGAAGCAUCAGAAGGAACUGAUUUUUACGAGAUUGAUCAAACCGUGUUACUUAAAGCGUUGGAUGUGUUGGUGAAGAAAGGAGAAGCCCAGACAUUGCAUGCAACAAAUGCAGAAGAGAUGGGAGUAAAAUUUUUCGGAUCUGGGUGA